AUGGCAUCCGAACAAACCCACCAAGCCUCCCAACCCGACAUCUCAAACUACACCACCUCCCCAACCUCUUCCUCUUCCUCUAACAACCAAUCUUCCACCCCAUCCGCAACCCCGCGCGCCAUCGUCGAGUCCACGACAAACAGCUGGAAACCCUCCUUCGAGCGCCGCCAGAGCUGGAACCAGGAAGACCAGAAGCGCGCGCUGCAGAUGAGUCGGAUCGAGGAUGUCAAGACUGGGCCUGGGUUUACCGAGCGUUCAUAA